AUGAGCCGUCGCCCCCUCCCCGAUGUAGAGCUUCGCCGCGCUCGCCGGUCGUCUAUGGGUGGUGGAGCGGGUUCCGAUUGGCGCCAAAUUGGGUCGAUCGACUGGUCCCGACCUUCUUCGGUGAGGGGGUCGGGAUUGAGGUAUCGUCCUUUUCUCCCUUUUUUCCGUUUCAUGGUGGUGUUGGUUGGUGGGGGCUUGUGUCUCAUGGUUUUGGGUUGUGGUCUCGGCCGAUGGUUGGGAAGGGAUCGUCGGUCGGGAGUUGGGGAGAAAGGAGCUGUCCUCUGGUGUUGGUCUAGAGCGGCCAAGUUCUUCCUGGCGGGGCUGAGCACGGCGGCGAAGUCCUUUCCUGCCCGCGAAGCCAGGCUGCACAGCCGUGUCUGUCCGUGCGACGACUGCGAGCUGGCCCCCACCGCCGCAGCCAUCUGCUCCGCCUACGACCGCGAUGUCCACUCCGCAAGCACCCUCACCGGCCACUACGACCGCGUCCCGGUGGAGCCCUUCCACGGCGGCUCGGUGGAGAUAAUCAGGGGCGGAGCCAGCCUCAAAUUUCACCGGGAUCGACAAUAUUUUUUAGCGGGGUCAUUAACCUAG